AUGUUUCAUAAAAAUAACCAUAAUGGAGCCUACGCAAAUCGCAUGAUCUUGCACAAGAAAUAGCUCAACUUGUCCACAGAAACAUUCAUCUGGAUGAACUUCGUCAACAUCCUCACAGGAAUACUUCAAAACACCAACACCCAUCUCAUUUUUGAACCCACUGAAAUAUAUUUGGCAGGCAACGAUGAGGAAUAAUUGCGUGUUGCUCAAUUCAAAAUAGAAUACAUAGCUUACUAGGAAUUCAAAAUGAUCUACGUGAUGAAGGAUCGCCGAACUCACGUCUCCUACAAACCCUACACAUCUAUAUUCUACUCUAAAAACUACAAAGAACUCUAUACCAAAUACAGGGGAACCUGCUUGUUUGUGAAAGACAAGUUGAUUAAGGAAUAGCGACAAUUGCAGGAGUAAACUGGAUACCUGAAGGAUUUCGAUCUGGAACAGUAUGAGUCCUUUGUGGUCGCCUGGAUCCCUAAGAGGAAGGAAUAAAAAAUUACGCUAUUAUUUCAGAGCUGGAUCACUGAGUAUAAUCAAUCGAUUAAUUUUACUCCCAAACAUGAAUUGAGACCAACGAUUAAUCGAGAGUAUUUUAAUGAUGCGGAUCCCCUCCAGUAAAUUGCCAUGACUUAUAUUGAUUUUAUUCAUUUCUAUUCAGAGAAUGAUGUCGAGUAAUUCUAAUUACAAAAUAAAAUCCUAAUUAAAUUGGUUGAUGAUGGAUGGAAAAUUCAAUUCAAGAUAUAUUCAUCCAAUCUACUCUAUUGCCAAUAGGCUUAACAAAACAUAAGCGAUUUUUUGAAUUAACAAUAGUUGGAAUUGUUUAACAUGGAAUUAUUUGAUUUAUGUGAAAAUAUUGACAAGUUCAUUGAUGAUUUGGAAGGAAUAUUGAAGAAAAAGUGCAAUCGGACAGUUCGAUUGUAUAAACUCAAUUCUAUACUAUCCCUAGUGAAGGAGAUUGACCGAAGGUUUGACACUAAAAUUCAAAACUAUGUGUUUAGUCUAGGAUUUAAAUAAUGUUUGUUUUUUUCUAAGUAAAGAGACAACACUUAGGCUUUCAAAAUAAUUAAAGAUCUUAUUGACUUAAGGUUAAAAUUUAAUCAAGUAAUGAAAAACAAGCAAUUGGAGAUGUCUUAAUUAUCAUAAUCGUUUCAAAGUUGCAAAUCUACCUUGCUAUAUUCCCAAUACGGUAAGUCUGGCAUCAUGCCUUAAUAACAAAAAGAGAAGGACUUUGCCUCAUCGUAAUUAUUUCCUUAGGAAUGGAGAGGCAAAUCAGCGCUUCCAGAUUUAACCUCUAAAUACUGUGAAAACAAACUUAAUUCAAAAGCUUUGAAAAAUGCCUUGUAGGGCCAACAUCAAAGCAGUUUUUCGAGUGAUCAAAAGUCGAGGGCAUCCAAGGAAAAUAUUGAGUAGCCUUGCAGAAUUUAAAUGAAUGAUUAGUAAUAACUAAAUUAAUCAGGAUAUCAAAACGAUGGAACAAUCAAUUCAAUGGAAUCUUUCAGAAGGAAUUACGAUAGUCUUGAUAGUAGUGAAAUCAGUGACAUAAAUGAGUUGCAGGAGUUUUGUCACGAAAUCUCAUCAUAACAGAAUAGAAAUAAACACAAACAUAAGAAAGUCAUCGAAGAGGAGAAGUUCAUCUAAUUGAUUUCAAUUCAUCAUAUUUCUCAGCAAUUUAUUCGGCAAGUGUUAUAGUUGGGGAUUGAUAGGAAGUCAAUUGUUUACAGAGUGAAGGAGUCGACGGUAUUGCAUUUAAAAGAUUGGGAAUCAAGUUUAAGAAGUUAUUUGUAGAGCUAAGAUAUUUAAGUCAAUUAAUUAGAGUUGAUUGUAUGUGAUGAUUCAGUAACAAUCAAUACUAAACUGAAUUAUCAAUAAGUAUCUACUAUUUGUGAUUAAUUUUUUGCAGGGACAAUUUAUGUUGUGAUGCAAUUGAAUAGAAAUUCUGAGGAUUUUAGAAAUCAAUUAAAGGAUUCUUAUCAAAUAGAAUCAAAACAAACCACAUUCUAAUAGACUGGAUUAAUUACUAAAUAGCAAUAUGAAGAAUUGCAAGUCAGUGAUAGGGGUCGUUAUUUGGCUAUGGAAUUGUAUAAUUAUCUCUAUUUUGAUACAAACAUACAGCAGAGGGUCACUAAGUUAAUCAAUAGUCGUCUGAAGGAGUUGGAUGAAUCUAUGGCUCUAUCGGAGGUGUGCAUCAGAAAUAAGAUAAUAAUUGUGUUGUCAUAAUAGCAAUUAAACUUCUUAGGAGAAAAGUAUCAGGAGCUAGAGUGUAACAAGUUGAUCAAAUUUGGGAAAUACCUCUCCAACACAUUUUAUUAUGUGGAGAUUGAGAACAACAGAGAAUUACAUGAGGAUGCAGUGGAGUAGCUUCGAAGGAUAGGCUAGGAGUUGGUGGAUGCUUACAGUAAUAAGAAGAAGUAGAAGUACAAGAAUUAGCAGAUAAUUCAAUUAAAAUAGAAUAGUUGGAAGUUAUGCAUAUAUUCUAACAUCAGGAAGUUUUACAGUAAGUUAGUCAACGAUCUUUUGGAGAUGAAAUACACUGAGAAGGAGUAUCUCCAGAUAUUUUAAGCAGGAGUCAAAUUGUCUGAGCUUUAAAUAGAUUUGGGGAAAUUCCAAAUCAAACAAGAAAAAGACAUUAGCAAAUUGGACUAAAUGAUUUUGGAUGAUUCGAAUUGUAAUGAUAAUCUUUAUGUUAAUUUAGAUAAGUGUGUAUCUCGUAAGAUAGAUCACCUUACACCAGGGAAUUAUCUAUCCAUAGUAGUUAGAUCUGAACAGUUGCCAAUAGAAAAUGUGACUUAGCUAUAUCCUGAAACAAGUCUAAUCAGAGGUUAUUUUGAAAUCUAAGGGAACUUUUCCAAAAAAUAAUAAAAAUAAAACUUUUGA